GAUGGAUGAGAAUCUGAACAUGGGAGUACACGCACUGUCGCUCAUUUGUUCUACCUAAAAUGGCGAGCAAUUCUACGGAUGAAGCUCCGCCCGAGGUUCAUCACUACAAUUACAUUGGUGAAGUGCCGUGGGAUAUUCAGAAUUACUGGGCGCAACGAUACAAGAUAUUCUCGAGAUACGAUGAAGGCGUCUGGCUGACCGACGAUGCCUGGUUUGGAGUGACACCAGAACCCGUCGCCAACAAGAUAGCAGAAGAUAUCGCCCGAGCAGCACCCGCAGGAUGCAGUAUCCUAGUAGACGCUUUUGCCGGCGCAGGUGGGAAUACGAUCGCGUUCGCCCGAACAGGCAAAUGGAAACGAGUCUAUGCUAUCGAGAAGAACCCCACCGUCUUGCAGUGUGCCAAACACAAUGCCCAGGUCUACGGCGUGGCGGACAAGAUCACAUGGUUUGAGGGUGAUUGUUUCUCUAUUCUCAAGAAUCAACUCAAGGAACUCGCGCCUUAUAGCGUGAUCUUUGCGAGUCCCCCAUGGGGUGGCCCUGGGUAUCGUUCGGAUGAAGUGUUCGAUCUACGGACCAUGGAACCGUACUCCCUCAAGACGCUCUACACCGAGUACUCCCUAUUCACAAAACACAUCGUUCUCUAUCUCCCUCGAACGUCGGACGUGAGGCAGCUGGCGAAACUAGUCAAAGACGGCGAAAAAGCUCCCGUGGUACAUUACUGCAUGGAAGGAGCCAGUAAAGCAUUGUGUAUAUACUAUGGUGGCUUUGAUCUUUGACGUUCUCCCACUUGUUCUCGGGACCUGUACCUUUAUCUGAAUGCUCAUCCUGCCGAACUAUGCGGUGGAUGGAAAACUGAACUCAACCCACAAUGCUGUCGUCGCUGUGACUGCUGUACACAAUAGCAAACCACUAAUUGAUUCUGAAGUCAAAUAUAAACCAC